AUGGUACGUUCGGAGCAAGAUGCAGAUGCUUCAUUAGGUGAUCAAAUGGGCGGAGCAGGUGCAGCAGAAGGAGUGGAUGCUGAUGCAAUUGUCAUAUCAUCGGAUGCCGCCGGCCAAACUGAUGAACAGCGUGGAGAAGAUAGUUCAAUAAAGAGAGCUGAAGUACUGAAAGCUGAAGCCGUUGGUCUCACGGUGCAGUGUUAUCAUAGUUUGGCUGCUUGCAUUGUGAAUGGCCAGAAUCGUACAGAAUCUGAUUUUUUGCGUGCCGUUGAUUAUUGUGAUAAGGUUCUAUCGUACGAACCUGGGAAUGGAAAGGUUUUGCUUCUCAAGGUAUCGGCACUCAGAAAAGCAAACAGGCUCGAAAAUGCAGUUGCUUUUCUGCGGAAAUACGAUGACAACAGUUUGGUUUUGAUUAAUUCUUUAAAUGGGAAAUCGUUAUUGAUGAUUUUUUAUCUCUUCCUAUCUAGCUGUUCCAGUUAUUUAUUAGCAUGUUGGAAACAUAUCCUGUACAUGCCUAGUUUUUGCACAAGAAUGGUUUAA